UAAGGAGUGGAAUAUUCUUUUUAAAAGCAAGACUAAGAAACAGAAGGACGUGGAUACAACAGAGGUCAAUAACAUUCCAAAAAUGGGGUCCCCUGUCUGCAUCAUAGAGAACAGUGAUGGGAAACUAAAACCAUGUGAAGAAGGUAUGAAGGCUUUGGAGCAGUUUCACUUACCUCUGACUGUGGUUGCUAUUGCUGGACGUCAUCGAACUGGAAAAUCAUAUCUGAUGAACAGACUUUGCAACCAAAGAAAAGGAUUUUCUUUGGGAUCCACUGUCCAGUCUCAUACAAAAGGAAUAUGGAUGUGGGUCAUUCCUCAUCCCAAGCAGCCCAACUGCUGCCUAAUGGCUGUUGAUAUGGAAGGACUGGAAGACACCGAGAAGGGGGAUGAGAACAAUGAUAAAUGGCUGUUUGCAUUAGCAGUUCUCAUGAGUAGUUUGUUCGUGUACAACAGCAUGAAUAAGAUCGAUCAACAUGCGCUGUCUGAUCUACAGUAUCCUUAA